GGGUAGUUCUGCACUGCCAUUGACAUUUGUUGACAGUAACGGAAGAAACAGCUGUGGUGCUAAGGUUUGAAGUUACAGUUUCCCUUGUGUGAGUGAGCACUAAAGAAAAGCUGAAGUUAAAGAACCACACAAGAAUUGCUACGAAAUUUCAUUGAUGUAUACUGAUUUUAAACAAGAAUAUUUGGGAUGCCACUAUUUGGUAUAGAUUGUACUCGAUCAAAACUUCAAGAGGAAGAGAGAUCUUUAAAGGCAAAUGACAGAAAUUUCAAUAUGAAAUUCCAUUAUGUGAACAAUCGAAUUAAAACGUCCAAAUAUAACAUUUUCACAUUCUUGCCAAUCAACUUGUUUGAACAGUUCCAACGAAUUGCCAAUGCUUAUUUUUUAUUUUUACUUGUUUUACAGCUUAUUCCACAAGUAUCAUCUCUGUCUUGGUAUACCACAGUUGUACCCUUAAUGCUGGUGUUGAUAAUAACGGCAGUGAAAGAUGCCAUUGAUGAUUAUAAUCGUUACAAGAGUGACAACCAAGUCAACAAUCGAGAGGUUAUGAUUCUAAUGGAUGGGGAGUUGCAGAGAGAAAAAUGGAUGCAUGUUGAGGUGGGCAAUAUAAUUAGGAUGGAGAAUAACCAGUUUGUAACUGCAGACUUGCUAUUAUUAACAAGUAGUGAACCAUACGGCCUGACUUACAUAGAGACAGCAGAGCUUGAUGGGGAAACAAAUCUGAAGGUUAAGCAGGCAUUAACCGUGACAUCAGACAUGGGUGACCACACACAGGAUUUGGCAUCUUUUGAUGGUGAGGUUAGAUGUGAAGCACCCAAUAAUAGGCUGGAUAAAUUUAAAGGAACACUUACCUACAAAGGAAACAAGUAUCCAUUAGAUAAUGAAAAAAUACUAUUACGUGGGUGCACUUUGAGGAAUACGGAAUGGUGUUAUGGACUUGUCAUCUUUGCAGGGCAAGACACAAAACUAAUGCAGAAUAGUGGAUUAUCAGCUUUUAAGCGAACUAAUAUAGAUCGACUGAUGAAUAUUCUCGUUUUGUGGAUUUUUGGCUUCCUCAUCAUCAUGUGUACAGUUCUGGCUAUUGGAAAUAGUAUCUGGGAAUCUCAGAAAGGGUACUACUUUCAGGUCUACUUGCCAUGGGACAGUGAUACGCCAAAUGCUUCAUUUUCUGGAUUUCUAAUGUUCUGGUCAUAUGUGAUCAUUCUGAAUACCGUUGUCCCAAUAUCCCUUUAUGUCAGCAUUGAAGUUAUACGCUUGGGCAGCAGCUUCUACAUUGGUUGGGAUUCCAAAAUGUACUACCCAAAGAAGGACACUCCUGCAUUAGCCCGUACAACAACAUUAACUGAGGAGCUUGGACAAAUCCAGUAUAUUUUUUCUGAUAAAACAGGGACCCUGACACAGAAUAUCAUGAUAUUCAACAAGUGCACAAUUAAUGGCAAAAUGUAUGGUAAGGAAUUGCAAGAAAAAACGGAGAAGGUGGAUUUUUCAUUUAAUCCUAUGGCCGACCCAAAAUUUAUGUUCUAUGACCACAGUCUCCUGGAAGCUGUUAAAAUUGGUGAUCCUGAAGUCCAUGAAUUUUUUCGUCUGCUUUCACUUUGUCAUACAGUGAUGCCUGAAGAAAAGCAGAAAGGUGCCCUAAUGUAUCAGGCUCAGUCUCCAGAUGAAGGUGCACUUGUCACUGCAGCAAGAAAUUUUGGCUUUGUUUUCUUGUCCCGUACUCCUGAGACAAUAACUCUAGUUGAAAUGGGUAAAACUGUAGUCUAUCAAUUGCUUUCUAUUCUGGACUUUGAUAAUGUGAGGAAAAGAAUGUCUGUCAUAGUUCGGCAUCCUGAUGAGAAACUGUAUUUGUACUGUAAGGGGGCUGACACCAUUGUGUUUGAGAGACUUAAUUCUGCAUCUCAGCAUUUAAGAGACAUAACCACUACACAUCUCGAUGAAUUUGCAGGUGAUGGUUUACGCACAUUAGCCUUGGCAUAUAAAGAAUUAAAUGAAAUAUAUUUUACAAACUGGCAACAACGGUACCAGGAAGCAAGUACUGCAUUAGAAAACCGUGAAGAACAACUGUCUGAAUUGUAUGAAGAAAUUGAAAAAGACUUAACGUUAUUAGGUGCUACAGCAGUUGAAGAUAAACUCCAAGAUGGUGUUCCACAGACAAUUGCAACACUUUCAAAAGCAAAUAUCAAGAUUUGGGUCCUUACAGGUGACAAACAAGAGACAGCUGUAAAUAUUGGCUACGCAUGUAAUAUGCUGAAUGAAGACAUGAAAAACAUAUUCAUCAUUGAAGGCAACAAUUCAGAAGAAGUACGUGUAGAACUGAGAAAAGCUUCAGCAAUAAUGAAAAAGGAGGACCAAACAGAAAUCAGCAUCAAGCAGCCAAAGAAACCAAUUGUCAUACCUGAAGAAAACGUUGAUGGGGAGUAUGGGCUAGUGAUCAAUGGAGACUUACUGGCAUAUGCUUUGGAAGACAUGGAAUUAGAAUUCCUAAAAACAGCUUGUCUUUGUAAAACAGUUAUCUGUUGUCGUGUAACACCCCUUCAGAAAGCUCAAGUGAUAGAACUGGUGAAAAAGUACAAAAAAGCCAUAACAUUGGCAAUUGGAGAUGGUGCAAAUGAUGUAAGCAUGAUCAAAGCUGCUCACAUUGGAGUUGGUAUAAGUGGUGAAGAAGGAACACAGGCUGUCCUUUCAAGUGAUUUCUCCUUUGCUCAAUUUCGUUAUCUGCAGCGUCUGUUAUUAGUCCAUGGAAGGUGGUCAUAUUUUCGCAUGUGCAGAUUUCUCAGUUACUUCUUCUAUAAAAAUUUUGCCUUCACAUUUGUUCACUUUUGGUAUGGAUUUUUCUGUGGAUUUUCAGCACAGACUGUGUAUGAUGAAUGGUUUAUUACGUUGUACAAUUUAGUGUAUACAUCUCUUCCUGUAUUAGCAAUGAGUCUGUUUGAUCAGGAUGUUAAUGACCGCUGGAGUAUGGCAUAUCCUCAACUUUAUGAACCUGGACAGUUUAAUCUUUAUUUCAACAAAUUGGUUUUUGUGAAAUGUAUUAUCCAUGGAGUUUAUAGUUCCCUGGUUCUUUUUUUUAUUCCAUAUGGUUCCCUAUUUGAAGCAGUGAGAGAUGAUGGAGAGACAGUAUCUGACUAUCAGUCUUUUGCUUUAAUUGCUCAGACAUGUUUGCUUGUGGCCGUUACUCUGCAGAUCGCACUGGAUACAUCAUUUUGGACAGCUAUCAACCAUUUCUUUAUCUGGGGAAGUCUUGCUGUCUACUUUGCAAUUACUUUUACAAUGUACAGCAAUGGCAUGUAUCUGAUGUUUCCAACUUCAUUUCCUUUUAUUGGUACUGCAAGGAAUGCCUUGAACCAACCACAUGUAUGGCUGACCAUCUUUCUGUCAGCAGUAAUGUGUGUCCUGCCAAUUGUUAUUGUGAGAUACCUCAGCUCUGAGCUAAGACCUACGUCCAUUGAUAAACUGCAACAUAAAAUUAGGAAAAUCAAGACACUUCCUCCAAAACAAAUGGUUACACGCUUGAAACGACCCAGUGCACGGCGAUCUGCGUAUGCUUUUGCUCAUCAACGGGGUUUUGGUGCCCUCAUUACUUCAGGGAAGAACAUGCGAAUGGGGAAUAUCAACUUUAAGCCUUCGAAGACUGUCACAUAACUAAAUAUUGAACAGGAAAUAUAAAUCUGGUUUAAUAUAUGUAGCCACAUCGAAAUGAAACCAACUCUACAUGGGAAUGUGACAGAUGACUACUGGUAAAGGGAACAAUUAAUAUUUGUGCAUCUUAAAGUACUGACUGCACAAAUGCCAUCUUAUGUGAAUGUACAAGGUUUUGUGGCUCUAAACCUAAACAACACAAAAAUGAAAUCAAGAUGAAUUAUGCCUAAUUUAAAAUAUCAAUAAUAGAUCUUAAGGGGUCAACUUAUUUUUCACUUUUA